UCCACGGUGUGUGUAUGAUCCAUCUUACAGGCAGCGCCCGUACGCCAGUGGAGAUGUGAAAUGUGCCAGCGGGACGUCCAUAAACGUUAAUCCCGGCGCCACUCAUCCAGGCCCUAAUCAAAUCGCCUUACCAUAUAUACAUUGUGCGCGAGAUAUUUCUCCCUUAUGGGAAACAUAUAUGCGCAGAUAUUUCGGUCAGAGGGAUGAGCGUUUUUGUGUGCGGUUGAUGGGUUAUUGAUUCGACCGGUUGGCGUUGCUACAUUUGACAUUUGUGCGGGGUAAAUACUGUGUAGACGGUGUGUAUGGUGUGGAAACAAUGGAGGUGGAGGGUUAUGUUUUGGAGGGCAUCCCGCGCCUCAAGUGUCUGUCCAUUACGGAAAUUGUCCUCGGUGGACUGGGCCUGAUUGGAGCACUGGCUAGUGUUUCGGAAAUUCCCGUGUCCAUGGCUAUCGAAUUGAUAUUCAACGUGUUGGUUAUCGGUACCGGUUCCUACGGCGUCUACACCAUCAACAAACUCCGUCAAGGGGAAGUGCUCAGCCGGCGUUUCUCCCACCUGAUGAAGCUGAACAUACUCGUUACCAUUGCGCAGUGCCUGGAAAUUGCUAUGAUCGUCAUUGCCGGG